AUGUCUUCAGCCCAGCAGCGUCUUUCCCAAGUUUCCUCCCACUUCGGCUCUGGCAGCCAGAAGGGAGCCGCCGCCCUCACCCAGAAGAACCCCGAUGAUAUCGUCGUGACCUGUGCCCUGCGCACUGCCCUCACCAAGGGUGGCAAGGGUGCUUUCAAGGACACCGCUGCCGCUGACCUCCUGGCCGGUGUCUUCAAGGCUGUCAUCCAGAAGAGCGGCAUCGACCCCAAGUAUGUCGAGGAUAUUGCUGUCGGCUCCGUCCUGCCUCCCGGUGGUGGUGCUACCGAGUUCCGUGCUGCUGCCCUCGUUGCUGGCUUCCCCGAGACCGCUGCCGUCAAGGCCCUGAACCGUCAGUGCUCUUCUGGUCUCCAGGCCGUUGUCGAUGUUGCCAACGCUAUCAAGUCCGGCAUGAUCGAGGUCGGUAUCGGUGCUGGUGUUGAGAGCAUGACCUCCCAGUACGGUCCCGGUGCUGUUACCGAGUUCUCCGAGCUGCUCGAGAGCCACCCCGAGUCCGCCAACUGCAAGGUCCCCAUGGGUGUUCUGUCCGAGAACAUGGCCAAGGACCGUGGUAUCUCCCGUGCCUCCCAGGAUGCCUUCGCCGCUUCCUCCUACCAGAAGGCCGUCAAGGCCCAGAAGGCCGGCCUCUUCAACGAGGAGAUUGCUCCCCUCGAGGUCAAGUGGACCGACCCCAAGACCGGUGAGGAGAAGACCAUCACCGUCAAGGCCGAUGACGGUAUCCGCGAGGGCAUGACCGCCGAGUCCCUCGCCAAGAUCCGCCCUGCCUUCGCCAAGGACGGCUCCAUCCACGCCGGUAACGCCUCCCAGAUCUCCGACGGUGCCGCCGCCGUCCUGCUCAUGAAGCGCUCCACUGCCGAGCGUCUGGGCCAGAAGAUCAUCGGCAAGUACGUCACUGCCAGCGUUGUCGGCGUCAAGCCCCUCCUCAUGGGUGUCGGCCCCUGGGCUGCCAUCCCCAUUGCUCUCGAGAAGGCCGGCAUCACCAAGGAUGAGGUCGACAUCUACGAGAUCAACGAGGCCUUUGCCUCCCAGUGCGUGUGGUGUGUCAACGAGCUUGGCCUGCCCGCCGAGAAGAUCAACCCCAAGGGUGGUGCUAUCGCCUUCGGUCACCCUCUCGGCUGCACUGGCUCUCGCCAGGUCAGCACCCUCCUGACUGAGCUCAAGCGCACCAACAAGAAGAUCGGUGUUACCAGCAUGUGCGUUGGUACCGGUAUGGGUAUGGCCGCCGUCUGGGUUGCCGAGUAA